UUUGGACGGAAACGUAACGUUUUCUAGACGCACUGCCUUGACGAGUGUGAGUGUAGUCAUUCAUAGGAGGGAAUGCUAAUUUGUAAGCAGUUCUGCGUGCAUGGAUUUGAAAGACAAAGACAACUUUAAAUCAAGACUCACUCUGGUACCUCGGAGGAGAACCAGGUUGUCAUGGUGAUAUUGCUUGAAUGGCAGCGGGCAGACCUCGGGAGAAGCGGCGGGAUUCCAAUGACUGGUGACUCAGAAGACGCUGGUUUGGGGGCUCUGGCCUCUCCACUGGCGGGGUAUUUGGGAAAAGUUCAAGAGAGAGCGGCAUCUCUCGACAGUUGUCCAUGGUGCGCGUCCAAAGGCCUGAGGUCAACUCUGCACUCGUACCGCAUCAACCUGCACGAGUCCAUCACGCUGUGCACCAACCCUCAGUGCCUCUUCCCUCUGGUCAGUCGCCCCCUGGAGGAUGUUUUGGCCAGCUUGGUUCCAGCACAGUCAGCAGCUGAGAGCAGGAGGAAGAAGGCCUCUACCCUGGAAGAAGAAGAGGAGGAGGAGGUCGAAGCCAAGUGUCUGCUCUCUAAUGACCUCCCUGGUUCUGAUCCGCCAAGAGUGACAGACGUCAACAAUGCAAAGAGCGGCACUCCGAAUGUGAUUGCUAACGGCCAUCGUGAGGCGGCCAUGACACAUUACGAACAGGAGAAUCAACCCUGCAUUGAGUUCCCACCUGGAUCGAAGUCGAGCCGGCACGAGGAUGGUGUUCCGAAUCAGACGUCAUUUUGUGACGCUCAUUCAGAGAGUUCUGAUUCUUCUGCAGCCAUGAGUGGACUCCUGAAGGGUCCAUCAGAGGAAGAACCACUCUCUCCUCGUCCUGACAUGAUGCUGGCUAAAGAAAUGAACACGCCAAACAUGGACAUCCACACUUUGCACACUCCACAGAACUCCCUGGCAGCAGAGACGGACCAGGAUGCAAUGUCGGGAGCAGGAGGAGACGCAGUGGACCUGGUGUCCAGCCCCGAGCAUCUCUUCUGGAGGAACAGUCACAACUUGUGCUGGCUGGAUGUCCUGCUGGUGGUUCUGGUGCACUCUCACAGCCUGAGGAGGUGUAAAGCCCAACAGGAGCCUCAGCAAGCGGCCAUCUGGCAGCUGAUGAGCGGCUACGACGACGCCUGCGCUGCCCUCCGUGCUUGCCAGCAGAUAGGAAGUAACGGCAGCACGAGGGUGCCCCGUGACGCACUACAACACGCCAACGACCACCUGCAGAGCCUCAGAACGUCAAUCUUCGCUUUGCUGCAACCUCUGUUGCGCUGCAAACUUGGUGAGGGUCAGAGGGAGAGUCCCGUCUUUGCCAUGCCUCUAUUGCUGGCAAGGGACUCAUGGGCGGAGCGUCUUUUCCAGACCACCUUCUACUGGGAGUUUGAGUGUGCGGAAUGCCACACAGUCACCAGAGAAAAAAUCACAAAAACACUUGCCACUUUCACCAACAUCCUGCCUGACUGGCACCCGCUCCACGCCACUCACUUGGCGCCGUGCAACGUGUGCCGUGCCAAGAAUCAGAGGAGGAGCAUGACACUGGAGAGUGUGGCUCCAGUGUUGGCGCUGCACUUUGUCGAGGGGCUCCCCCACAGUGACGUUGCCAUGCUGGCCUUCACCUUCAAGGGGCGCAGGCACGCGGUCACGGCGGUGGUCCAGUACGACCAGCGCGCCAAGCACUUUGUCUCAUGGACGUGCAGGAGUGAUGGAUCCUGGCUGGAGUUCGACGACUUGAAACAUCCGCACAGCGUGGUCCAUCCAGAACUCCCUGUUCCCGCUCAGGAGAUUCACAUUGUCUUCUGGGAGGCAGAGGAAGACUCCGGGCCUCGUGUGUGUUCUCCUUCCAGCACGUUGUCACAGCCCCCCCCAACCAGGAGCAUGCUGGACUGCAGUGCGAAUGGAGAGGCGUCGGAUCAGUUGGACUUUGUGUCCGCACUCGCUGAUGACAGCAUCACCGCCAUGGACACUACAAUUGCGGCCGCGGGUAUGGACACCUUUGAGGGGCUGUCCAGUGAUGACAUCAUCACUCUCACACUGAUGGAGAUCAAAGAGGAGUCAGAGACGGAUCCUCCAGUUAUGGACUUGAGUGACUUUCCCGACGCCAUGCCAGAUAGCUCCUCCCUCUUACCGGUUGCAGCGCCUGAAAGCGUGGCUCGGGAGAGCCCCCCCAGCCCCAGCUCGGCCGAGUCCAAUGACGACUUGACUAAAGAUCCAAACUUUGAGCCGGCUUGCAAGACAGCUCCGAGAAGAAGCAAAAGAAUCAUCAAACAACAAGCUAAGAAGUCAUCCAGAACGAAAGCACCGCCUCCUGCUUCUCUGCCUUCGCAGGAAGCGGACACCACCCGUCAAGAGGACGCUCAAAGUGAACAGACGACCUCACCUGUCUCCUCCACUGACACCACACUGCCACCUUUGCGCCAGGAAGCUCACUGGUCCUACCUGCUCAGCAAAUAUCAUGUCGGUCAAACUAACAAGCUCCGCCCCACUAGAGCCCCUAAUACUGUCAGCCAAGUCAAGCCUGCCCCUCCCAAUCCUUCCUCUCCCAUCCCAAUAAAGAAACCUCAGGUUCCUGCACCAGUCUUUCAGAAACCUCAGCUGCGCAUGGAGGACAGGGGUGGCCUCCCGCUGAAGGCUGCCGAGAGGUUUGGAGCGUUUGGUGUGCAGAGCCAAGCUCCAACAGUCUCACCUGCGCUUCCUUGCAGCUCGUCAGUGGCUGCGCUGGCGAUGAAGACCCUCCCUGAUGUUUCACUCUUGAAGAAACACGGCAGCCCCUCAAAGCUUCUCGCAGGCCUCAGCGACACGGAGGCGCUGCGCUACAAGCUCCUCAAGAAGCUGAAGGCCAAGAAGAAAAAGCUGGCCAAGAUCAACCAGCUGCUUGGUCAACAGGGCGGCGCCCAGCUCCAUCCCGACAGCACCCACCUAGGCUCACCUGUCACAGUCACCUCCAGCACGUACGACAGCUCCAACUGCAACAGCAUCCUCUCCGACCUCCUCUCGCCCGCCCCCACGCCCAGUGACCUGUCUCCCGACAGCUCGGGCUUCCUCGACAUGCUCACCAGCCGCCAAGAUGGUGCCGGCACGGCCUCCUCGCAGAUCCUCGAAGUGGCGCCGAAUGCGGAGAACUUCCUGGAAGAGUUUAUGACGACGUCUGGGGCUGAGCAAGCCAUGGAGACGGAGGCGCUUAGCGCACUGGAGCUUUUCUUUUAAAGCGGAACCUAGCAACAGCAUCCUCCUUGCGCAUUGGACGUUUUUUGUUUGCAGGUUGAGCAUCAUCUGUGUUUGAUAGUAGCUGUAUUUAUUUUGAACUUGGUGCAAAUGUAAGUUUGGGACACUUAUAGCCACACAAUGAGUCCAAAUUGUCAAUGACUUCUCUGAGACUGUUUUUGUGUGUGUGCAUGCGCUACGGACAUGUACAUGAGCGACAGCCAUGAACGUCAGUGAUUUUAUUCGGGCCGAACAAAAAUUUCCGGAUUUUAUGCAGUUUAAUUUGUAAUUGUGAAGAAUAUAGCAAUGUUUUUUGUACAACAUUUUAAACCACAUCGGUAACACAUGCUAGCUAGUGGUAGUAUAUACUGUAUAUUUUUGGUUUCAAAAAAUGUCAUUUGGAGUGAGUUGCACACAGUCCCUUUAAGUUUUUGUUGCCUCCUUAUUUAUUUGGACCAAGUUCUAAGUGAAGUACUUCUCGAGACUAAAUGCAAAUGAAUUAAAGAAGGGUUGUAUUUUAAUUGGAAGUAGUUGUAUAUGAGAUAAAAAGGAAAUGUUAUACCGGAAGUGGAUUUUUGUUCAAAGUUAAUUAAAUGAAUUUGAUUUUUGCAGAUUUUUUGACUUCUACAGAAACACAAAAACCUGUGUGAAUCUUCAUUGCAUGCAGUUAUACAGUAUUGGUUGUGUUACAGUAGCUUGCGUUAGCGCAGCAGUCAGCAGGGGCACAAUAGGCAGGCAUAAUAGUAUAUAAUGCAAACGCCAAGUGCAAUUCCAUAAAGUGUGCACAUAAAAAUAGAAACGGUGAUUUCCUCUGUCACUUUGUGCAAACAGCUUCACGAGACCGGUUAAAAACUCCCAAAAAGCAACCAAAGCCUCAUUUAGAGCUACACAAUUCUUGAUUAAGAAAAAAGGCCUUUUCAGGCGGGGUGGUUGUCAAAGAAGCAAUGAUGCUAAUUGCUAAAACUAGUUGAGGAUGAGAAAUAUGGGACCGAUGUAAUUGCCACGCUCUCCGGUGUUCAACUGGGGGCAACUGCAAUGGUAACAAGAGUGUUAAAUGUCUUUGUAAAAUGUUAACAUUCAAUCAUGUUAAAAAUCGAAUCAGAUUUAUUACAAAUCUGAGAGUUCAUUUUUGUAUUUUACAUGAUUUAUUAUUUGUACAAACAUGGUGCAAAGUAAUUCAUGAUGUGAAAAAAUGUUAGUGGCUAGUGAAAAUGGGACAUUGUGAUUUCCGAGGACUGUUGUAGAAGUGAGCAUUUGAAAACAUUCAGUUUGAAAAACGCUUG